AUGAGGCCCAUUCUUCUCGCCGGCCACGAGCGUGCCCUCACGCAGAUCAAGUACAAUCUCGACGGCGACCUCAUCUUCUCUGUCGCCAAGGAUCAGCAGAUCUGUGCUUGGUACGCACACAAUGGUGAGCGUCUCGGCACCUACCACGGCCACGUCGGCGCCAUCUGGACCGUCGAUGUCGACCCUACCAGCACCAUGAUCGCCUCCGGUUCUGCCGACAACACCAUGCGCCUUUGGGACGUCAAGUCUGGCAAGUGCCUCAAGACCUGGGAGUUCCCCACUGCUGUCAAGCGCGUCGAGUUCAACGAAGACGGUACCAAGCUGCUUGGUGUCACCGAGAAGCGCAUGGGCUACCUCAGCAACAUUGUCGUCGUCGACAUCAACCCUGAUGUGGAGGCCGAGCAGAGCGACGAGAAGGUCCUGACCAUCGUCUGCGACGAGAGCAAGGCUACCGUCGCAGGCUGGAGCUUCCUGACCAAGUACAUCAUUGCUGGCCAUGAGGAUGGCUCCGUAUCGCAGUUCGAUGCCAAGACGGGCGAUCUCCUCUACAACGCCCCCGUUCACGAGCUCAACACACCCGUGACGGACCUGCAAUGGUCGCCUGACCGUACCUACUUCAUCACUGCCAGCAAGGACAAGACUGCUAAGCUCAUCACGACUAAGGACCUCGAGGUUCUGAAGACUUACCCCGCCGAUACCCCCCUCAACAGUGCCGCCAUCACCCCCAGGAAGGACUUCGUCAUCCUCGGUGGUGGUCAGGCCGCCAUGGAUGUCACCACCACCUCCGCAAGGCAAGGAAAGUUUGAGGCUCGCUUCUACCACAAGGUCUUUGAGGAAGAGGUUGGCCGUGUCCGUGGCCACUUCGGCCCCCUGAACACAGUUGCGGCGGACCCUACGGGUAAGGGCUACGCAAGUGGUGGUGAGGACGGCUAUGUCCGCGUCCACCAGUUCGACAAGGGCUACUUUGACUUCAUGUACGAGGUGGAGAGGCAGAGACUUUGA